AUGGAACAUCGCCCUUCAACUUCUUCCGGAAAUUUCCGGGAGGAGAUCUUACGCAAGCUCGAAGCAAGGAAUGCUAAUUUUCGACCAUGGGCUGCCAUUUUCAAGAAUUAUAGUUCAAUUUCCGAUGAGCUGAUCCGUGUACGACGAAGAUUCGAUAAUCGUGGCUCACUAGACGCGACAGACACCACUGUAUCGCAAUCGUCAUCGCUAGAGCUGAAGCAGUUGCGUGAAGAGCUUGCCGAAGUUUACAAACAGAAAAGCCGCAACGACCAAUCGCUCAUCGAAGCCAAUCGAAAACUUGAUCAGCACGACGCUGCUCUCAACGCAGUUACGAAGGAGCGAGACAAACUCACCCUUGAGAACAAGAAGCUUUAUGCUCGUAUCAGUGAGCUGGAAUGUGCGCUCAAGAAAACAACUGAUGACAAACAAUCGCUGUAUGACGAAUGGAUAGCGCUUUCG